UCCGGAGGUCGGUUUAAUUUGAAGCCCAGUUUGGAUCUGUCCAUUGAAAUCACCACAAAGGCGUCAUUCAGGAGCUCUACCAGAAAUAAUAUCCUGAGGAGAGUCAAGAUGAAACGCAGGGCGUUACUGGUUUCAAACUCAACAAUGUAUGGAGGCAGCUACCUGGAACAUUGCCAGGAACAAAUAGUCAAUUUUUUUGGCGACAAAGUGAAGAGAAUUUUAUUUAUCCCGUAUGCUUUGCAUGACAGAGAUGCAUAUGCCAAGAAAGCACGGUGUAAAUUUGAAAGUCUGGGUUAUGGAUUGGACAGUAUUCACGAAGUUCCAGAUCCUGUGGGAGCAGUACAGAAAGCACAAGGAAUCUUUGUGGGUGGUGGGAACACAUUUCGCCUGCUGAAAGUUCUGUACGACAACAAACUGGUUUCGGAGAUACACAGGAGAGUCUUCCAGGAAACACGGGCAAAGCGCAUUGAACAAUACCAUGAGGAACCUGAUACACCACCAGUCAUGGGUUUGCGAGAGGGUUCCAUGCUCCUGGUCGAAGGUGAUAAGGCCACACUGUUAGGAACCACUGGUGCUCGCUUGUUCAUCCGGGGAGAGAAAGCCACGGAGCAUGACCCUGGAGCAGACUUCAGCUUCCUUCUGACAGACUCUCACUGACUGAACUGCUAAUAGGAGUCCAAAUACAAUAAAGGAAAUAAGAUUGAA